CGCGCUCUCUCAGCUCCUCGGGUGCGCGCAUUAUUAGGAUAAAGGGUUAAAUCAAGCUACAGUACUUUCAAAGAGAGGCAGGUGUCCCAGUACCAACCCAACUCUGGGGCAGAUGUUUUUAAUCCUCACUAGAACUACAGAGUAAUUCAUAACUGUCAUUUGCGCGUAAGGGCGAGUUUGGUGGUCAGGGGAAUAGCUCUAGUUGCUUAAGUAUUUAAAACUAUUAGAGUAUAAAUACAGAGAUCGCCACACACUGUAUGCAGCAUAUCUAGGAUAUUUCUUCUCCUGCUUGGAAGCUCUCAGUUUGGCAGCUGUUUCAAUAAAAGUUCGUUACAAUAAUUUCAUAUUUCUGCCUUGCAACAUGUGGUGGAUGCUCUUUCCUCGUUGGAUCUGGUUCGUGGCGGCACACUUUUUGUUUCUAUUUUUGAACAAUCAAUGCGUAAAAGGCAUGGCUUUGCAAAGAGUUGCGUAUUCCCACGCAGGGAUUUGUCCAAACGACAUGAACCCAAAUUUGUGGGUUGAUGCAAUGAGCACCUGCACUCGAGAAUGUGAAUCUGACCAGGAGUGUGAACCAUUUGAAAAAUGCUGUGCCAAUGUUUGUGGUAAUCGAAGCUGUGUGGCAGCCCGCUACAUAGAUGUUGCGGGAAAGAAAGGGCCAAUGGGUAUGCCAAAGGAAGCAACCUGCGACAAAUUCAUGUGCACCCAGCAGGGCUCCCAGUGCGACAUCUGGGACGGACUGCCCGUGUGCAAGUGCCGUGACCGGUGUGAGAGAGAACCCCAUUUCACGUGUGCCUCAGACGGCAUGACCUAUUACAACAAGUGCUACAUGGAUGCUGAAGCCUGCUCCAAGGGCAUAUCCUUAUCCGUUGUAACGUGCAGGUUCCAUCUCACCUGGCCCAACACAAGCCCCCUGCCUGCCGGCACCACCGCCUCAACCACGACAGCCCUGCAGCACACCACGCCAUUUGAUGUGCAUCCUCCUCUAAUGCUGGGAAGCCCGACUCAACAGUCUGUGUUUGCCGGUGAGACAGCCAGCUUCCUUUGUGAAGUUGCUGGUCGUCCGAGGCCUGAGAUUACCUGGGAGAAGCAGGUGGAGGGCCAAAGCAAUGUGAUCAUUAAACCAAACCACGUACAUGGAAAUGUGGUGGUCACCAAUAUCGGCCAGCUGGUUAUUUACAACGCCCAACUGCAAGAUGCAGGUAUUUACACCUGCACGGCCACAAACACAGGCGGUUCAGUCCAAGCUCACUUUCCACUCUCUGUAGUCCAGAGAGAUCCGGUUUUAAAAGAAGAGCUCAAUAACUCCACAAGUUUCCCAAUUGAGGAGUGCUUCAAGGCGCCUGAUAGUGACGACUGCGGAGAAGAGAAGCUGAGUUGGUUUUAUGACCCCCAGAGGAACAACUGCAACACGUUCACGUACGGUAGCUGCAACAAAAACCGAAAUCACUUUGAUACGUAUGAGGGAUGCAUGUCAUCAUGCCGCAAAGAACUUGCAGUCCCGUGUAACCUUCCCAGCUAUCAGGGGCCUUGCAAAGCAUACGAACCGCGAUGGGCCUACAGCGGCUUCCAGCGGCAGUGCCAACCUUUCAUUUACGGCGGUUGUAAAGGCAACGAGAACAACUUCAAGACCAAAGAAGCGUGUGAGGACGCCUGUCCAUUUCCAAAGACCCACCAGUGCAAGCCGUGCAAGUCGCGGCAUAAAAUGGUGACCAGCUUCUGUAAAAGCGAUUUUGUCAUUCUGGGACGCAUGACGGAGCUGACGGAGGACCAGGACUCCGGUCUCGCUUUGAUCACCAUGGAGGAGAUCCUGAAAGAUGAAAAAAUGGGGUUGAAGUUCUUUGGGAAGGAGCCUUUGGAAGUGACAUUGCAGAAUAUGGACUGGGCCUGCCCGUGUCCUAACGUCACCACUGCAGAUGGUCAGAUCAUCAUCAUGGGUGAAGUGCAUAAUGGGAUGGCCGUCCUGCAAUCCGACAGCUUCAUCACAAUCUCCAGUCCCAGACGUGUCCGCAAGCUCCGUGAGGUCAUCAAUAAAAAUACAUGUGACAUUUUGAAAGAGUUCGUUCAAUAGGACUUUAGAAUUCAAGCAAUAAUUUCUAAUAUACUUCUCUUGAGAUUGAAACAUAAAAUACUGAUUGGUUCAAUGAUUUGACAAGAAUUGGUCUUAAUGUACAGUUCUUGUGUCCUUGCAACUUCUAGGAAUUUCUUUUGUAUAGAAUGAAUAGAAUUGUGAACUAGUUGUUCGACGUCAACUUUGAACAGUUUUAUUAGUGUUGCCUUUGCAGUAUCCCGCAUGUUAAAGUAAAGGAACAUGUUUGUGGACAUAGGAUGCAAUAAUCAAACCCAUCUGGUAAAAUCCCAGUGCACUUACGUUCCUGACUUCAAAAGGAGCUCUACGCCUGCCCUAUAAAUGUAAAAAAGUAACAAUAAUUAUCAUUAAUUUUGGGCACCUUUUUGUAACGCUGUCUCACCUUAUGAUUUUCAUUUUGCUCAGUUUCUGUUUUUAUGUAUUUCUUUCUGCUCAGUAGAAUUUUAAAAGAUUGUUGAUUCAUAAAAUGACAAGUGUAUUGUGUUAUAAAGUUACUAUAGAUCUGCUAAAUGCACUUAAGUUGUGUAAUGUGGAAUAUAAAAUUAAGAGACCAUUUCAAAGAACCUUUUCAGUUAUUCAGAAUAUACUAUUUAUAGGUAUGUGAUUAGGUACAAUGACAAGUUUUGUUUUAUUCUGUGAACUACAAAUAAUAUUUCUCCAAUUGUCAAUAAAAAAUACUGUUUCGA